CACCGCGACGGCGGCAGCCCCACGGCAGAGGCGGGCCGCUUUUAAGCGGCUCCUCGUCCGUGCUCAGGCCUCAGGGAACGCAUCGCCGUGCGCGCGUCCACUUCGUUGCUCAUGUACCCCUACACGCUUCGGGCGGCGGCUAGCAGCAGCAGCAGCAGCAGCACGGGUCUCGGGUUCGCGCUCGGCCGGAUCGGCGGCACGACGACGAGAGGCGGUGGCGGUGGUGCCGCGGCGCAAGGCUUGGUGGUACCCGCCGCGGGCGUAGCACGCGGGAGGAGCGUGUCGUCGACGCCGGCCGGCAACGCGCCCGUGCCGGGCGACCAGGGCGUCGGCAUGGAGCAGCCGAAGCAGCAGCAGCCGCAGGUGCCCGCGCAGGACGCCGCCGCCGGGGACAAGAACAAACGACGCGACGACAUGCACAAGACCACCGGGGACGUGAUGAGCCACUCGUUCGGGGAGGGGUACUCGACGCGGUCGGACGAGGAGGGGUUCGGCGGCGUGUACGGCGGGAACGACCCCGUGGAGCACCCCGGCACCGAGAUCCAUCCUAGCCACCCCGAGUACGACACGUCGCAGGGUUCGGAGGUGAAGGAGAAGGAGAAGGCGCGCCACCUCAAGGACGAGAAGCAUGCCACCGCCUAGGUGCAGGCGGCGAUAUCAGUCGGUGUUGUCAACGUUUAGUUAGUUAGCGCCCAGCUGAGUCUGCGUUGCUCCCGGUUCAGGGGAUGUCACGUACUCGUGGUUCACUGCUUUUGAAACACUACUAUCUCAAUUUAGUAAGCUGUUUCAAGGAGCUUUCGUGAUAUGUAUGUUAUUUCUUUUCUUGUGGUUUUUUUAUGUGAUAAGCUACACAGUUAUUUUGAGCGUGCCAGAUUCAA